AUUCCUGCGUUGCAAGGCUUUCUGUUAAGGAUUUAUGUGGUCUUUGUUUGGAUUUCAGCAUGCAGAAUUACAGCUGUUCAGAGGAGACUCAUUGCAACUCCUGCUGAAGCUCCUAAUCUCCCUUCUUCUGCCCCUUACCCCUAACCUCACUUGGCUUGAAGACAUUGUCCCCCAAGGUUGUCUUACUCCCCUGGUGCUAUGUGUAUGGUGAAUCUGGCACUAUGGCCACAUCUGGGACUGGCCAGACAACUACUGUUGGCUCUCCUUAUUCCAAGAAAGAUAUAAAGGGGAAUUGCACUGCAGGCAAUGCACCAAAGCAGCAGCAUCAGGAGCCUGGGGACUGAGGCUCCUCUGCAUUAUCACACACACACACAGCUGACCGCGAUGACAGCAGCUGCUCCUUUGAACUGUUGGCAGCAGCCAAGCGGCAGCAUGAAGUGAGAGAUCGCUCCUGAGCUCAAGAUGAACUCCAGCUUGGAUGGUAAUCAGAGCAGCCACCCUUUUUGUCUCUUGGCAUUUGGCUACUUGGAAUCUGUCAGUUUUUGCCUUUUGGAAGUGAUUAUUAUUGUCUUUCUAACUGUACUGAUUAUUUCUGGGAACAUCAUUGUGAUUUUUGUAUUUCACUGUGCACCUUUGUUGAACCAUCACACCACCAGUUAUUUUAUCCAGACAAUGGCAUAUGCUGACCUCUUGGUUGGAGUGAGCUGCCUAGUACCCUCUUUAUCACUCCUUCACUACCCACUUCCAAUUCAGGAGUCCUUGACUUGCCAGAUAUUUGGUUUUAUGGUGUCAGUUCUAAAGAGUGUCUCCAUGGCCUCUCUGGCCUGCAUUAGUAUUGACAGAUACAUUGCGAUCACUAAGCCUUUAACUUAUAAUACCCUGGUUACACCCUGUAGAUUACGCCUCUGUAUCUUCCUGAUUUGGCUGUACUCCACGCUGGUCUUCCUGCCCUCUUUUUUCCACUGGGGCAAACCUGGCUAUCAUGGAGAUGUGUACCAGUGGUGCGCAGAGUCCUGGCACACUGACCCCUACUUCACCUUGUUCAUCGUGAUGACGUUAUAUGCCCCUGCAGCCCUCAUUGUCUGCUUCACGUAUUUCAACAUCUUCCGAAUCUGUCAACAGCACACAAAGGAAAUCAGCGAAAGGCAAGCCCGCUUCAGCAACCAGAAUGGGGAGACUGGGGAAGUACAGGCCUGCCCUGAUAAACGUUAUGCUAUGGUCCUGUUCCGAAUCACUAGUGUGUUUUAUAUCCUCUGGUUGCCGUACAUCAUCUACUUCUUGUUGGAGAGUUCCACUGGCCACAGCAACCGCUUUGCAUCCUUCUUGACAACCUGGCUUGCUAUUAGUAAUAGUUUCUGCAACUGUAUCAUUUACAGUCUGUCCAACAGUGUUUUCCAAAGGGGACUAAAGCGCCUCUCAGGGGCUGUCUGUACUUCUUGUGCAAGUCAGACCACAGCCGGAGACCCUUACACAGUUAGAAGCAAAGGCCCCCUUAGUGGGUGUCAUGUCUGAAGGGG